CUUGUGGCCCCUAGCUUCCACCCACGAUCCACCCACCAUGUCCCUCCUCCACGUCCGGCUCGCCGCCGCGGCGAUCGCCGUCGUCGCGCUCGUGGCCGGCGGGGACGCCUACCAGCUCACCAAACCAGGCACCGUCAUCUCCUACGACCGCCGCUCGCUCAUGGUGGAUGGACAGAGGGACCUCUUCUUCUCCGGCUCCAUCCACUAUCCACGUAGCCCUUUCCACGAGUGGCCCGACCUCAUCGCCAGGGCCAAGGAAGGCGGCAUCAACGUCAUCGAGUCCUACGUCUUCUGGAACGUCCAUGAACCCGAGAUGGGCGUGUACAACUUCGAGGGGAGGUACGACAUGAUCAAGUUCUUCAAGCUGAUCCAGGAGCAUGAGAUGUACGCCAUGGUCCGUAUCGGGCCCUUUGUCCAGGCGGAGUGGAACCAUGGAGGGCUGCCUUACUGGCUCCGGGAGGUCCCCGACAUCAUCUUCCGCACAGACAACGAGCCUUACAAGAAGCUCAUGCAGAAGUUUGUGACCCUCGUAGUGAACAAGCUCAAGGAUGCCAAGCUCUUCGCAUCACAAGGAGGCCCUAUCAUUCUAGCACAGAUCGAGAAUGAGUACCAGCACAUGGAAGCGGCGUUCAAAGAAAACGGCACCAGGUACAUCGAAUGGGCAGCUAAGAUGGCCAUUAGCACCGGCACCGGGGUGCCAUGGAUCAUGUGCAAGCAGAUUAAAGCUCCAGCGGACGUGAUUCCUACCUGCAACGGUAGGCACUGCGGAGAUACAUGGCCAGGUCCAGUUGACAAGAACAAACCCCUGUUAUGGACCGAGAACUGGACUGCUCAAUACAGAGUAUUCGGUGAUCCGCCGUCUCAGAGAUCUGCCGAGGACAUUGCGUUUGCCGUGGCACGGUUCUUCUCGGUGGGGGGCAGCAUGGUGAACUACUACAUGUACCACGGAGGAACAAAUUUUGGAAGAACGGGCGCCUCUUUCGUGAUGCCGAGAUACUACGACGAGGCGCCUCUGGACGAAUUCGGUAAAGCAGAGACAGACGAAUCCUCCCAAACUCUGAAUAUGCUUAACUAUGUUGAUUUAUGGAUGAACGGUUUGAUUGGUCCAGGGAUGUUCAAAGAGCCCAAGUGGGGCCAUCUGAGGGACCUGCACCAUGCUUUGAGGUUGUGCAAGAACGCUCUCCUCUUUGGGACCCCCUCCACGCAGCCAUUGGGCAAGCUCUACGAGGCGCGGCUGUUCGAGAUCCCGGAGCAGAAGGUGUGUGUGGCGUUCCUGUCCAACCACAACACCAAGGAGGACGGGACGGUGACGUUCCGCGGGCAGAAGUACUUCGUGCCCCGGCGGUCUGUCAGCAUCCUCGGCGACUGCAAGACGGUGGUGUUCAGCACGCAAUACGUGAACGCGCAGCACAACCAGCGCACCUUCCACUUCACGGACCAGACGGCGCAGAACAAUGUGUGGGAGAUGUACACGGAGGGGGACAAAGUGCCGACCUACAAGUUCAGCACCGACCGGAGCGAGAAGCCCCUCGAGGCCUACAACAUGACCAAGGAUAAGACCGACUACCUCUGGUACACCACCAGCUUCCAGCUGGACCCGGAGGACCUGCCGUCCAGGCUAGACAUCAAGCCGGUGCUGGAGGCGAGCAGCCAUGGGCACGCCAUGGUGGCGUUCGUCAACAAGAAGUUAGUCGGCUGCGGCCAUGGCACAAAGAUGAACAAGGCCUUCAGCCUGGAGAAGCCCAUCGAGGUCAAGGUCGGCAUCAACCACAUCUCCAUCCUGUCCAGCACGCUGGGGUUGCAGGACAGCGGCUCCUACCUGGAGCGCCGGCAGGCCGGGUUGCACUCGGUCACCAUCCAGGGCCUCAACACGGGGACGCUGGACCUGACCAGCAACGGGUGGGGACACAUCGUGGGCCUGGACGGCGAGCGCAAGCAGGCUUUCACGGACAAGGGCGGCGAGGUGCAGUGGAAACCGGCGGUGUUCGACCAGCCGCUCACGUGGUACCGGCGGCGCUUCGACAUGCCCACCGGGGAGGACCCCGUGGUGAUCGACAUGAACCCGAUGGGCAAGGGCAUCCUGUUCGUCAACGGCGAAGGGCUGGGGCGGUAUUGGAGCUCGUACAAGCACGCGCUGGGGCGGCCGUCGCAGUACCUGUACCACGUGCCGCGGUGCUUCCUGAAGCCGACGGGGAACGUGCUCACCGUCUUCGAGGAGGAAGGCGGGCGGCCGGACGCCAUCAUGAUCCUGACGGUGAAGCGCGACAACAUCUGCAGCUUCAUCUCGGAGACCAACCCCGGGCACGUGCGGUCGUGGGAGACCAAGGACAGCCAGCUGACGAUGGUGGCGGACGACCUGAAGCCGCGGGCGGUGCUGACGUGCCCGGAGAAGAAGUUGAUCCAGCAGGUGGUGUUCGCCAGCUACGGGAACCCGCUGGGGAUCUGCGGCAACUACACGGUGGGCAACUGCCACACGCCCAAGGCCAAGGAGAUUGUGGAGAAGGCGUGCGUGGGGAAGAGGAGCUGCGUGCUGGCCGUGUCGCACGAGGUGUACGGCGGGGACCUCAACUGCCCGGGCACCACGGCCACGCUGGCCGUGCAGGCAAAGUGCUCCAAGAGGCAGAGGACCGCCGAGCAAUAAGUAAGCUAAGCUCAGAUAUGUACUGCUAUGUAGAUCAUCUCAUCACCUUCACCUUUGCCGACCAUGGUCUUUUUCAUGCUGCUUGUUUGGGAUGCGUGCAUACGUGUUGUACUUUGUUGAUUCCUGUGACUUGUUCUAGCAGUAGAUGGAGCGCUGAGAUGAGAAGCAAGAUGGAUGGAAAUCAAUCGAUCCAUUUUUGAUUUGCUGAAUAA